AUGCCCAAGCUCUCCACUGCCAUUGUUCUCGCCUCUGCUUCCCUCGUUGCUGGCCAUGGCUAUGUCUCCAGUAUUGUGGCCAAUGGCAAGAACUACACCGGUUAUAUUGUCGACCGGUACCCAUACAUGUCCGACCCUCCCCAGAGCGUCGGCUGGGCCACCACAGCCACCGACCUUGGCUACGAAGACGGCACUGAAUAUCAGGCGCCGAACAUCAUUUGUCACCGGAAUGGUGUCAAUGCAGCGCUGAGUGCUCCCGUCACUGCAGGCUCUACCAUCGACCUCCAGUGGACGCCCUGGCCCGAGUCGCACCAUGGCCCGGUAAUCACCUACCUCGCUGCUUGUGAUGGUGAUUGCAGCACAGUCGAUAAAGAGAAGCUGGAGUUCUUCAAAAUUGAAGAAAAAGGGCUGAUCGACGGUUCCGUUGUCCCUGGUAAGUGGGCAGCAGAUGAACUGAUUGCUGCAGGACAUCGGUGGUCAGUGAAGAUUCCCUCGACCAUCGCAGCGGGCAACUAUGUGAUGCGCCAUGAGAUUAUUGCUCUUCACUCCUCCGGGCAAUUGAAUGGCGCUCAGAAUUACCCCCAGUGCUUCAAUCUCCAGGUUACCGGGGGUGGAAGUGAUAUUCCUGCUGGCACUUUGGGCCAGUCGUUGUAUAAGAACACCGAUGCAGGCAUCUUGUUCAACAUCUAUACUAGUCUGUCCAGCUAUCCCAUUCCAGGACCAGCCUUGUACUCUUGA